UUCGAUUUUGUCAAUUCUCUCUACUUUUAUAAUAAGAAUAAUUGCCAUAAAAAAAUCAAAAAAUAGUCAAGGGAUAAAAUUUGGCAAACUGUGUUGGGAUAUAAACUAGAGAACCGCCUUCUAGAUUUUCUGUUAUGUUUUGUUAUAAAAAAUAUUCUUCUAAUCUUAUCAAGUUGACUUGAGAGCAUUUAAAAAACAGGCUGUGCCGCAUAUGUUCAUUUAAAAGUAACCAACAUACAGCGUUCUCUUUGUUAUCUUUCAAGUUAGCUCUAACACUAGUUGUCAAAAAAUUUAGGAAAAAACUAUAAGACGAAAAGUUGGAUCCGUCAAAAGGGUCUAGGAGUAUUGUACUUUACCAGAAUCUUUUCAUCAUUACUGUUAUUCGGAAGCAAAGCCAUGACAAAAAGUGUGAAAGCAAUACUUCUAGAGGUAGUAUUCAUCUGUCUCAUUUCAAUUUCACUUCAAUAUGACUGCCCCGCCACCAUGGAAAAAGUAGAAGGAGCAGCAGAAGAUAGUUGCUACAAGUUGCUGGAUUUGGGCAGAAUGGAGUACCCGAGUGCGAGCUUGUUUUGUCAGGUGUCGAUAACUUCAGAGGGUGGAGCUCCACAAGUUGUGAUUCCGAAGAAUCUUGGGGAACUGCAGGCACUGGUAAAUUAUGUUCUUUCCAAGGGCAUAUCAACAACAGGGCAGUCCGGCUUCUGGGUCAACUACCGAAGGGAUGAACCAGCUCCCUUGGAAGAAGACGGAACCUUGUCUUCCAAUAUGUCAAUGAUCCGAAAAGACCGCUCGCAAUUCGUCGACCGAAUCCAACUCAAGGUGAUGCCAGAUGAGCUGUGGCGAGCUGAAUCGCAGCCAGGAGACCAGACUGAUGAGAGAGACGAACAGUGCGUAGCCCAGAGCUACCCGGGAAACCCGAAUCAUUUGGGUCUAGACGACUUCGCUUGUUCAAGAUAUGAAUUGCACAAUGCUCUUUGCGAAGUCAAGGUGGGGCCAGCUCCAGCUUAAUGAAGAACUACGAAAUUUUUGAGAUUUAUCUCGGAUUGCAUUCAAAUCAUCCGAAACUGGAAAUAUGACCAUUUAGAAACUCUGGUGUUGUUGGUACACAUCUUCUAAUGCUCGAAAUAUCUCAUUAAUGGCAUUGUAAUUAAUUUAAAAUCAAAUUAAAGCUCAG